UUUAUGGAUAGCCUGGCUCUCACAGUUGGCCGCCACCGUAGUGAGAAGUCUGCUUUUGAUGACAGCGAGCCAGUGGACAACAUGUACGAGACAGAGGCCGACCUCCCAAGCUUGGCGGCUGGCAAUAACUGCACUGACAGUCCUGAAGAUGACGCCGAGGAUGGAGUGGUCAACACGUCUCCCUUGCCCUCACCUACACCGUCCCAUCCAAACAAUAACCACCAUAUGCUGCAUCACCCCCAUAUGUACAACACACACCAUCACCUCCAUAAUAACAACAGCAGCAGUAAUGACCAGUUCACCACGCCAAAGGAAGGCUCGCCUUACGAGGCGCCUGUCUACAUUCCUGAUGACAUUCCAAUUCCCGGCGAUUUGGAGCUGCGAGAGUCUUCGGUGCCCGGUGCAGGCUUGGGCGUUUGGGCCAAGACUCGCAUCGGAGCUGGCGAGCGGUUCGGUCUGCACAGCGCGGGAAAAGGCAGCUCCUUCGGAUGGGAGAUGAUGAAUGACCACGAAGAGUCCUUGCCUGACAGCUGCGUCAAAAAGGUGGUUGACGACUUGGGCAACAUUAAGUUUGCUCUGGACACAGGCCCAGAAACCCCCAACAACAGCUGGCUGAAGUAUGUUCGCUCCGCCCCUUCGUUUGAGGAGCAGAACCUCGCCGCUUGCCACCUCACUGGAGACCAGAUUUAUUACAAAGCAGUCCGGGACAUAGAUGCGGGGGAGGAGCUUUUGGUUUAUAUGAAGGACGGCAUUUUUCCGGAGGGAUCCAUGGCACCCAACUUACAAGAUGAGCAGAUGUACCGCUGUGAAGACUGUGACGAGCUGUUCUCGUCAACACUUGAGUUGCGGCGACACCAGAAGUAUUCCUGUUCCAGUGCGGGCUCCAUCUUUGACACCCUGAGAGAGGACUUCAAACAGGAGCGUGAGGACAGCGAUGAAACCGUCCACGAGUGUAAAGACUGUGAGAAGAUCUUCCCAAAUGAGUAUAGUCUUGGCCAGCACAUGAUAGUCCACACAGAGGAGAGGGAGUACAAGUGUGACCAGUGUCCCAAAGCUUUCAACUGGAAGUCCAACCUCAUUCGUCACCAGAUGUCACAUGACAGCGGCAAGCGCUUUGAGUGUGAAAAUUGUGAUAAGGUACAGCAUACCCGGCACGUCUUCACAGAUCCCAGCAAUCUACAGCGUCACAUCCGCUCACAGCACGUGGGGGCGCGAGCUCACACUUGUCCCGAGUGUGGCAAGACCUUUGCCACCUCAUCAGGUCUCAAACAACAUAAGCACAUCCACAGCAGUGUCAAACCUUUUAUCUGUGAGGUGUGCCACAAAUCCUACACCCAGUUCUCCAACCUCUGCCGCCACAAGCGUAUGCACGCAGACUGCCGCACUCAAAUUAAGUGUAAGGAUUGUGGCCAGUUGUUCAGCACUACCUCCUCCCUAAACAAGCACCGUCGCUUCUGUGAGGGCAAAAACCAUUAUGGCUCACCAACAGGAAUGUUCAAUCCUGGUAUCCCCAUGAGUUCCAGUCCUAUUUUGGCCAAGGCCAAGUCCCACCACCCUCACCUAACUGGUCUGAACCAGUCAGGUUUAGGCUUCACUGACUACUUUCCUUCGAGACCUCACCCUCAUGCUGGCUUGCCCUUCUCCUCAGGACCCCACGGUUUCCCGUCCCUCCCCCAUGGGUUCCCCGGCAUGUUUCCUCCAUCAAUGUAUCCACGACCACCGCUAUUGCCGCCUAGUCCAAUGAUGAAAACAGCCCUUGGCAACAGCACUCAAGAAGUCAAGCUGCCACAGAGUCCUCCAGAUGGCCCGCCAGUGUCUUUAGUUAGCUCCACCAAUAGUAAUGGAGGCAAUAGUUUAAGUUUAGCUGAGGACAAAGAUAGUGAAAGCAAACUGACGUUGUCCUCUGGUGGAGAGGCUAAGACAAAAUCCAAAAUUGGAGAAAUUUCAGAUGGCAGUGACUUGGAAGAUAUUAACACGACGAGCGGGACUGAUUUGGACACCACAACUGGUACAGCUUCAGGUGAUGGUUCUGACUUGGAGAGUGAUGGAGACAGUGAACGCGAGCACAAUGGCAAAAGAAGAAAGCCGUCUAUUGCACUAUCAAGCCAAGACGGUUCCCAGUUAGAAGACACAAACAGUGCAGUGAUGCCAGCAGUGUCUAAUUCAGGGAACUUCUCGAUUGAUCGGCCCUUUUUGUCUUCUGUGUCAACACAGCACUCUUUCUUCCCUCCACCUGAUGAGCAAGCACUCCCACCCACGACAGCAAAUGCUAAUGCAGCCACCACUGAUUCAAUUAAAGCCAUUGCUUCUAUUGCUGAGAAAUAUUUUGGCCCAGGUUUGAUAGGUCUUCAUCAGGAGAAGAAGAUGGGUCCGCUCCCCUACCACUCCAUGUUUCCCUUUCAGUUCUUACCUAAUUUCCACAGCUCCUUGUACCCCUUUAGCACUGAUCGAGGUGCCCUCAACUCUGGCCUGUUCUUCAAGGGUGAUGCCAAAUCGCCUCGCGAACACCUACAUAAGAUGGUUUCUGGUACACUUGGAGCUCCUGUACCUACUGGGGAAUCACCAUUUGAUCUUAGUACGAAACCUAAGGAGACCAAGUUAUCUCCUCCAACUCCAACUAACCCUUCAAAUCCACACACUAAUACUAGCAUUGCCAGGGGCUCUUCAGUAACAUCUAGUGGCGAGGAACAGCCAUUAGACCUCAGUAUCAAUAACAGAAGCCGAGGUGGUCACAAUGGUAUGGUAGCAGAAGCGCAGACUCAAAAGAACCACAUUUAUGGAGUUGUAAAAGGCAUGUCUAUCAAGGAUGAAACAGCCAAUUUUUCAAUCCCCCACACCCAGUCACUGCAUCAAUCCCCCAUUGCAUCGCACCAACAGCCACAGCCACACCAACCACCUCCACUGCACUACGCCAAGCCCUCCGCCUUCUUUAUGGACCCAAUAUACAGCAGGGUGGAGAAGAGGAAGCUACUUGACCCUGUUGGAGCUCUGAAGGAGAAAUUCCUCAGGCCUUCACCACAGCUCUUCCAUCCACAGAUGUCUGCAAUGGAGAACAUGGCAGAAAAACUGGAAAGCUUUGGUGCACUAAAACUGGACAUGCCGCCCAAUUCACUGCAACACUCUGCUCACCCACUAUUCAACUUCCGCUCACCUCCUCCCUCGCUUUCGGAUGCUAUUCUCCGCAAGGGCAAGGAGCGCUACGCCUGCAGGUACUGUGGAAAAAUCUUCCCCCGCUCAGCAAACCUCACCAGACACUUGCGAACACACACAGGCGAACAGCCCUAUAGGUGUAAGUACUGUGACCGCUCAUUCAGCAUCUCGUCCAACCUGCAACGCCACGUUCGCAACAUACACAACAAGGAGAAACCCUUCAAGUGUCACCUGUGCAACCGCUGCUUUGGUCAACAAACCAAUCUAGACCGGCAUCUCAAGAAGCACGAGCACGAGAACAUUCCUGUGAGCCAACAGUCUGGGAUGCUUUCCAACUUAGGAACCACCAUCUCCUCGCCAAACUCCGAGCCUGACAAUCAUGCACUUUUAGAUGAGAAGGAGGACUCAUACUUCUCAGAAAUCCGAAACUUCAUCUCCAACAGUGAAAUGAACCAGGCCUCCAGCUCCACGGAUAAAAGAUCUGACCUGGCUGAGGAGGAUCACCCGGGUAGCCAGAGGUUGUCCAACUCCAAGCUGUCCCUACAGGGGCUGGAGGAGGAGGAAGAAGAAGCAGAGGGGGAUGACGAGGAGGAAGAGGAAGGCAGUGUGACUGAAAAGUCUCACGAUGAAGCCCCGGAAUCCCCGUCACCAAUUACAACACGCGUGUAUGAAGAGGAGGAGGACGAAGAAGAGACUACUCCAUUAUCUAUGAGCUAUGAGCACUCUCGCAGGUGUUUAGAGGAGGAAGGUUCCCUCCUGGACCUUGAAGGUCUUCCCAGCUUUCCCAAGGGCCUGGAUGGCUUACGUAAAGCGGCCAGUGAUGAGCAACAUUUUGACGUUAAAGACAUAUUUAAUACGUCACUAGAGUCGGAGACCUUGAAAGAGACGUUGUACAGGCAGGCUAAAACCCAGGCUUAUGCAAUGAUGCUGUCUCUCUCCGACAACAACCCUUUGCACGCGCCCUCCCAGAACUCUCUGGACGCUUGGCUGGGCAUGGGAGGUGGGCCUUCUGAGACAAGUAGCUUUCACCCGCUCAACCACAUCUAGACCCGAGAGAAUAAAAAAAGGAGGUUGGUGUAGUAGACGGAGGGAGGAAGAGUACUUUGCAUUGAGACAAAAGUGAAGUGGACACAAGUUGGCGUGAAGAGCGGAGAAUUCAGUGUCACAUGCAUUCGGAGUGUGCGUGCGUGCGUGUAAUGUGUGUGUGCGUGCGUGUGAGAGACAAGGUAGACUCUAUGAGAAAGCACUGCUAUAAACUCCUAUUGAUGUGAAGGACGCACAUGAUGAAUGCUUCUCAACAGCAUUGAAACUUUGCCGAUCCUCCCCCAAGUGCGCUCCGUCUCACCUGGCCUCAGCGGAUGGCUGUCGUGACACUCUGUAGACACUUAAAUGAAUUGUAUGUCACCGAAGGCCCUGCGUGUGAUGCCUGGAAGAAAAAAGGCACUGUAGCAUUUUGACUACAUGUCCACAAGGUGGCGGUGUUUCUCCCGAAGUGACACGUUUGGCUCCAGGUGCAACCCCUCACCGAUGAUGAUUGUCAUCGACUGCAGAAUCAAUAACAGCCCCUCACAAGUUGUGAGGGUGGAUAUGAACGAUUACUGUACACAAACUGAUGUUGUAAUGUGCACAGCAAAUGGUGAUUUUAGUGUUGAUUUCCCAGCCUGAUCAAGCUGGUAUUUGUCCAAAAUCACCCUUGGGAAAACAUGUUAUUUCACUCGUAAUAUCAUUUGCUUACUUUCCACUUAGAUACCACAGUAUUGUUUUGUUGUCGGCACUGCCGUGCUAAAUUAUUAAUAUAAUUAUUUUAGAGAAGGACCAAAAUUGUAUGAUAAUGUUACAUGGUGUACAAAAUAACUUGGAUGUUCAUAGCAAGGGUGACAUGUGCCAAAUAACCCAUAGAAAAUGUUUUGUUCUCUGACAAUCAUUUCAUUUCCAUUUGCUCCAAUAUAUUUGAUUUCAGAAGCGUGUGUGUAUGUAUUUAUUUUUUGCUUGUUCACUCAUUCUGUACGGGGUGGUGAGUCCGAGAAUAAGGAAAAGUCCUAGUCUUUUUUUUUCCUGUUGUUGCUGAAGGAAUAAACACCAGUGAGGGAUUAAGAAUCUCCACUUCUGGUGUGCCAUAAUGGAAAGAAUCCAUAAAAAGUUGUUUUUAUUUAUAGAUGAUAGUUGUAGCUAUAGUGGCACUGUAAUGUCCUGUCAUGUUUAGUUUUCCCUCCAUCUUCUGUCCUAUUUCACCUGCAAUAAGUAUUAUUGGGGGCAUUUACCAAUAAAGUCACAAAAUGACUAUAACACACACGAUUACACAAGUACAAUCUGGCAGGGUUGGAUCUUUUAUGCCCAAAAGCCCUAACCUAUUUGUCCAACUGAAUUAGGGGCCGAAAAGAAGAAGAAAGAAAAACAUUUCUGCUACAACAGGCGUUAGAAUUCUGCUGUUUGGUCCUUCAUUCAUACAAAUCAUCUUGUAAUCAUUGUUGACUAGAUUGGACGUUCCCCCUACUUUUCAGGGCAUCAAACCCAUUCCAUGCAGUCCACAAAGUCACGGGAGGGCAUGACAUCUUUUGAACUAUAGAUAGCUGUAGAUAGACAUCUUGGGUGGGGUUUCUCAUCUUUUCCAACUUGGCCUGAUGCUGUAUUUUUCAAACUCGCACUUAAUAAAACCACAUGGGUCCAAGCCAUACAUCGAUCAGGCUUAGGUCUCGAAGACUCAUAACUCCGACAAAACGGAAGGAACACUGUACUUUUCUUUGGUUACACAAAGACUGCUGCAUCAUCUCGUUUUUUUCUAAAGACACAUUUCUUUCUUGUUUGAUGAAUCUCUUCAUUUACUUACAUUUAUGAAAUGUAAAGAUAUGGGUCGUCUCUAUGUAAUGAUUCAUGUCAUUUCAUGGACUACUAUAAUAAGAAUGUGCUGUGUAAAGGCAUUGAAGGCAUUGAAGCAUUCCAUUGUUCCCACUUCAGAAAGUAUUCUGGCAGUUGGUUGUCAAGAUAUUAGAAUACGGUUGCUAUUUUCCCCCUCACUGUUACAGGAGACAAGAAAUAUUGAUAUUGUUUCCUUUUAAUUGUAUAGUAUUUUAAAGAUGGAAAAACAAUGGUGCAUUUGUCUGAAGGAAGAAAAAAAUGUCAUGGAAAAAUAUGGGUUUAAAUGGAUGGUGCUCGUUUUGUUUGGAUCUGAGUUGUGUAUCGCCUAUGUUAUGAUUAUUGAAAACUGACAAAAAAACAAAAAACAGAUAUUGUGCAUGAUGUGUUUAGCAGUCCUAAUUAUGUCCAUUGGUGAAUUGUGUAUCAAAUAAAUAAAAAAAUGGGGAAAAAAAUGAGAAGAAGAAAAAAAAAGAAAUCCGUAGAUGCACUUAUUGUAAAUGUGGUUAGGUUUAGUAUGUUUGACUUCCAAGUUUUUGACUGCCUUACACAUUUGGGCAGGUGGCUCUUAAAGACGUAAAAGAAAGAAUCGUGGGAGAAGACAAUGAAAAACAAAGGAUUGUAGAAUAAUACUGAACAAUUCUGAAAUUGCAGUUCUUUUGAUGCUUGUGAUUAUUGAAGAUGUACUUUAGAGAAAUUUCAUUGAAAAGACAUGACUGAUGUUAAUUCUGUAGAAUAGCAAUGUAUACCAAAUGUAAUCUUUCCAAUGCUAUGAAGAAUUUAUACAUGAAAUUGAUAUGCAAUAAAACCUGUGUGCUUUUUAAAUUGAAUGCCCACCAAUACAUUUUAUUUUAUUUUUUGUUGGUGGCACAAUAAGUGGUUAG